CCAGGGCACGGCUCCAGUGGCGGCGCGGCCCAGGGCGCAGGCGCCGGUGUCGGUCCCACCGCGCGUCGUCCUCUCCCCAGCCCCGGCCAAUCCCUUCGAAUUUGGCCGAGGCCGGGAAAUACUAGCUAAUGACGGCGCGCGCUGUUGACGCCGGCCAAUGGGAGCUCCGGAAGGCUGCGUGGAGACGCAAGCGGCGGGCGGUGGACAGUCAUGGCGGCCCGGCGCGGGGCUCUCAUAGUGCUGGAGGGCGUGGACCGCGCCGGGAAGAGCACGCAGAGCCGCAAGCUGGUGGAAGCGCUGUGCGCCGCGGGCUACCGCGCCGAACUGCUCCGGUUCCCGGAAAGAUCAACUGAAAUCGGCAAACUUCUGAGUUCCUACUUGCAAAAGAAAAGUGACGUGGAAGAUCACUCGGUGCACCUGCUUUUUUCUGCAAAUCGCUGGGAACAAGUUUUCAUUCUUGUCGCCCAGACUGGAGUGCAAUGGGGCGAUCUUGGCUCACUGCAACCUACGCCUCGCAGGUUCAAGCAAUUCUCCUGCCUCAGCCUCUCAAGUAGCUGUGAUUACAGGCCGUUAAUUAAGGAAAAGUUGAGCCAGGGUGUGACCCUCGUCGUGGACAGAUACGCAUUUUCUGGUGUGGCCUUCACCGGUGCCAAGGAGAAUUUUUCCCUAGAUUGGUGUAAACAGCCAGACGUGGGCCUUCCCAAACCCGACCUGGUCCUGUUCCUCCAGUUACAGCUGGCGGAUGCUGCCAAGCGGGGAGCGUUUGGCCAUGAGCGCUAUGAGAACGGGGCUUUCCAGGAGCGGGCGCUCCGGUGUUUCCACCAGCUCAUGAAAGACACAACUUUGAACUGGAAGAUGGUGGAUGCUUCCAAAAGCAUCGAAGCUGUCCAUGAGGACAUCCGCGUGCUCUCUGAGGACGCCAUCCGCACCGCCACAGAGAAGCCGCUGGGGGAGCUAUGGAAGUGACCCAAGGCUGCCCACUGGAGACACCUCUCCCUGCAGUCCCCCGAGAGGUGGGAGAUUCGCAGAAGGCCCCGUCCCCAGCGGUGUCCAGACCCCACAACUUUCCCGGCAGCAGAGAUCUGCAGGCUGCCUCUUCUGCCCCGGAGCUGGGGUGCACUGGGGACCCCCGUGGUGGGGACCUUGGCAGUGUGGACAUGAGCAGAGCGAUGGAGCAGUCUCCUGCCCUCUCCCCUGUCCUGAUGGCACUCUGUUGUAUUUUCUUACUGAAGUUCAGUGAUAACUCUGAGCAGUUUCAUUGUGAUCACUGUAAAUGGUAAUCAGUUGGAAUUCUCCUAAAUGUCUUCCAGACACUAGUAAAAAACGACCUGAA